AUAUUCACUUUUGAUGUUGCCGAAACCCUAUCCGAAUGCCGUAUGGAGAUGAAUUUUACUUCACUCGAAAAGACACCUAGAUUACAUUCUUAUUGUUCCAAAGUAGAGAAUGGCAACUCAAAUCAACGUGAAAAUGAGAAGCUUGCCUCUUCGAAUAGGCCCAUUUCCGACCCUUUGCGAGAACAGACAGGCUUUACUAAUUCUCCUAUCCAAGAGGAUGCUUGCUCUGUAAUAUUCGAAGCUGCAAAGCACAGGGAGCGUCUGAAUAAAAUGCGAUUAGAAUUUAUAACUAACCAAUCUGAUUUUUUGUCCAGGCGAAUUAACUUAUUCGACGACUUGGCAGCCUUGAAGCCAACAUCUCUAGCCUUCUCCCUGGCUAGUAACAAACAGUCGCAAAACUCCACGCCACGCGAAAAUCAUUGUGUUUUAAGCCCACAUACUCCAUCACAUUCGUAUGCACCAUCAGAUACACACUUCUCAGCCGAUCCACUUGACUUUCAUGGUGAUCAACCUCAAAGAAACAGUACUAAAGUAUGCUUACAAAAGCCGAACUUUCAGUCUCACAGUAGCGUCUAUGAUCCUUAUAAAAAUGAAAUAUCCACAUCCGACCCUCAAAAGAUUUCCACGAUUCAGAUACGCCCUGUGGAAGAUAUUACUUUCGAGCCUCAGUUUGCGGAGCAGAUUCAUGUGCCUUCUUCUUCUGAAAUGGCUGCCGCCUACAAUUCUUCCUCCAUUUUACUUUCUCCUUCCUCUCCAUCCUCUGAUGAAGAUGUUGAAGGUCAGUACUAUGAUGCCGAGAGUGGAUUAAGUUAUAUUUCCAGACCACUUACAAAAGCAGACAAUCAAAUCAGUCACUCCUCUAACUUAAGUAAUCUUCAGAGCUUCGUAUUCUCGAAUGAGAAUUCUGCCAAUUUUGUUGAUCGCAGGUUUGAAUCGCACACAUUCCCUAAGGAUAUUUUCCAACGUCGCUUUAGAGGAAUUAUUCCAGUCAACGUUGCAGCCGACUCUGGUGGACUACCGGUUAUUUUUGAGCGCUCAGAGAGCCAAGCACCUUCUUCGCCCUCUGCUGGAGGUGAUGAAGAUAAUACAAUCACAGGCUAG